GUGGGGAAAAAAAAUGAUGAGAAGCAUGAGGGCGGUUCUGGUGCUGGUGGCUGCAGUCUUAGUAUGCAUUUGGGGGAAUAAUCACAUGGCGAGCGCAGACACGAGUCCCAGCGAGUGCAAAGAGGAGAGGAACCAGCUGGUUAACGCUUGCAGGCCAGUGCUAUACUGGCGCAGCCCAUCUGCAGACUGCUGCCAGCGCGUUCGAGUGAGCCAUGUUGAGUGUGUGUGCCCCUACGUCAGUACCAAGACCGCCGCCAUCAUUGGAGGCCUUGGUGUUCCAUACGUGGUUAAGAAAAUUGAAGGGUGUGGAAGGACAGUUCCUCGAAAAUUCAAGUGUGGGAGUAUCACCACUCCAUGAGGAAGACACCCUGCUCGCUUUGAUAUGAAUAUAGUUUGAUCAGUUACCAUGUUUAAGUACCGAGUAUUAGCUACUGUUGCCAUGUUUGUGAGUCGAAUAUCUCCUUGUGCUCCUGUUGUGCUACUAUGACUUUACUAUGAAUAAAACAAGAGUAUAUUACCAAAUAA